AUGAAGAUCUCACAUUUGUUGAACCCAUUCUGUGGCGACCGUCAUAACCAACGAGAAUCGAAAUCACCAACGCCAGCCUCCCAUCCGGUAGCUGCAGCCCCAGCUCCUAAGAGACAAAAGAUCCCGAAAGAUGCCCCGAUCUUCUCAGACGGCAACAGGACCGUUGGAACUGUAAAUUUUGCCCCUUAUGAGAACCAACAUGACCCGGAACUGCUAGCCCAACAUCGCAAGUUUCAGAUCUACCCGCUGGGCGAGAUCUUCAAGAAGGGUGUCCGACACAUUCCGUACAACAGUGAAAAGAAAGACUUCCUGGACAAGACCGGGCGCGAUGCCUUCGAAAUGUUCCAGUACACCUAUAAGAGACCUGGUGAAGACAAAGAAUAUGUUGUAGUCUGGGACUACAACAUCGGUCUCGUUCGCAUGACACCCUUUUUCAAGUCAUGCAAGUACUCAAAGACAAUACCCGCCAAGGCUUUGAGAGAGAACCCAGGGCUGAAGGAGAUCAGCUACAGUAUUACUGGAGGAGCCCUGGUGUGUCAAGGCUACUGGAUGCCAUACCAUGCGGCCAAAGCCAUAGCAGCGACAUUCUGUUACGACAUCCGAUGGGCACUCACACCAGUCUUCGGCGACGAUUUCCCCUCCACCUGCUUGCCUCCAAAUGACCCAUGCUUCGCAAAAUUCCUCAUCGACCCAGCAAUAGUCCAGUAUUGUGCACGCGAAACCGCCCGAUUCCGGGAACUCGGCCCGUUAUAUAAGGUCCAUGGGGUGGAGAUGUCGCCGCAAGUAGAGACGACGAAGUCGCGGUUUGGCCCGCCGCCGCUCUGUAUGAAGGUCGUGAAGCAGCGAAGUGUACGACCUGUGGACAUUGAGAGCGGAUAUGGAUCCGAUGCCGAGGGAAGAGACAGGUAUCUCUGUUCGCCCGAAGUGUCACCUCGCACUCGCUUCACCCCAAUAAAUCGACCGAUAUCACCAUACUCUCCUCGCACAGCCGACUCUUCAAUAAUCAGCUCACCUGUGAGCCAGCAUGUGCAUGUACCCCAAGGGUUGCUUACACCGACAUCAGCACCCUCCGAAUACCAGUAUGGAGGCUUUCGAACGAAGCGGACGCAUUCCAAGGUGAACUUUUACGAUCAUGCCAUCAAUGAAACCGCCACUCGCCCUCCAACGGCGAUGACGGUGGAUAGUGCACAUGGCUCCGAAGUGUCCGGUGGCGUUGAUAACCUCAGCUAUGCCGACAUGGACGCGGCCGAGGCGUUGCUGUCGCUCUGUGGAGGAGAAGAUACAAUGCCUCCAGCAAAGCGAACGCGUCAUGGCUCUACAAUCUGA